AUGACACAACUAUGCAUCUUUCUCAAACCAAGUAUGUUGAAGAAGACCAACAUGUUAGAUGUCAAUCCUUGCUCUUCUCUAGCCAUUGCUGAUACUAAAUUGAGCAAAUAUGAGGGUGAACCUUUAGCUGAUGCUUCUGAUUAUAGAUCUCUUGUUGGAGCUCUUCAAUAUGUUACUUGGACUAGGCCAGAAAUCUGCUAUGCAGUAAAUCAGGUUUGCCAAAACAUGAGUAAUACCACCAUUGUUCACCAUGUAGCUGCUAAAAGAAUUCUUAGGUAUAUAAAUAACACUCUUCAUUUUGGUAUUGUUAUACAACAAGGUUUGACUGCCUUAUCAUCUUACCUUGAUUUUGAUUGGGCUGGUAAUCCUGGUGAUAGAAGAUCUACCAGUGGUUUUUGUGUCUUCUUUGGAGGCAGUCUUAUUUAUUGGUCAUCUAAAAAGCAGUCUACAGUUGCUAGGAGUUCAACAGAGGUUGAAUACCGAAGUGCACGUGCCUCAACUAAGCUGGACAGCAACACACUUCUAUCUGCUACUUCUUGCAAACCACCAGCUUCAGUACCCUCUAGCUAA